AAAAAAAAAAAGGACCAAAGCUCCCAGCUGCCGGGAGUGACAGAGGAGCGGGGAGGAUCGAUACUUAUUUUCUAAGAGGACCGGGGAGGUUUGUUGCACGCGACAGCCUGCUGAAGAGGCAGAGAGGCAGCUGCGACGCGGUUCGGAGUUGUCGGAGUUUUCUUAAAAAAAAAAAAAAGUUGGGGAGAAAACUAAAAUUGCUUUAAAACUAGAUAUAUAAAACUGAUUUCCCCCUUUUGUAUGCUGGAUGCUGCAUGAGUCUGAAACACCAAUAAACGAAGACUGCAUGACUCGCCUCCAGUCUCGGUCUCUGCGUUCGACUGCCCCGCCGUUUGUCUGCCUCCGGGUAGAACCGACUGGGUGGUAUACGCAUGCGCCUUCGCAGUAGCCAUCUUUACUGUGGGCUGAAGCCUGAACUGCCCGAGGGCCUACCUACGCAUGUGCAAGCCAUCCCUCGCUUUCCUUUUCCGAGUAGCUUUGACUGACGAGCGGAGCCUCCCGCGCCAUUUCUUUGCGCGUGCGUCCUGUCGCCCUGCGCAGCCCGGGUAGCGAGUCUUAGCCCCGGGUGUGUACGGCGGCUGAUUUGACUCCGAGGUCUGGGCAGAGGGCGCAGGUUCCCAGUGUGGACAGGGGCAGAGUGAAGGCGGGAAGACUGGGUUUCAGCAUCCACGGAUCCGGUCCGUGGCGCGGGGCCCUUACUGCAGGGGAUCGAGGGCCCCUCCUGGGGGCGGCACGUUAGCCACGGAGACAGCUGUUGGAACCUGAUUGGCUGCGGAGGAUCUCCUAAAUCCUACAGGGCAGGGCGGGGCGGGGCGGGGCCGGGCAACCCCGGCUGGGUACGUCAGGCCUCCGGUGGGGCUGGGCCCCUUCCCUAGUAGCCCAUGUCUCUUGCACGGGGUCUUGGAGAUAUUGCGGCCACGACAACGGCUCCUCAGACUGAAGAAGGGGAAGUGACUUCCGGCCUUCAGGCUCUGGCAGUGGAGGAUACCGGAGGCCCCUCUGUCUCGGCCAGUAAGGCCGAGGAAGAGGGAGAAGGCCAGGAGAAGGCCGAGCGUGUGGGAUCCGGGGCCGAGGAAGCAAAAGGAGAAGCCCUUACCACGGGAAGAGAGGAGCAAGCCGAAGGAGACUUCGAGGACUGGUGCGUGCCCUGCAGCGAUGAGGAGGUGGAGCUGCCUGCGGAUGGGCAGGCCUGGAUGCCUCCGCCCUCUGAAAUCCAGCGGCUCUACGAACUGCUAGCAGCUCACGGUAACCUGGAGCUUCAAGCGGAGAUCCUGCCCCGCCGGCUGCCUACGCCCGAGGCCCAGAGUGAAGAGGAAAGAUCCGAUGAGGAGCCGGAGGCCAAAGAGGAAGAGGAGGCAAAACCACACGUACCCACUGAAUUUGACUUCGAUGAUGAACCAGUGACGCCGAAGGACUCCCUAAUCGAUCGGAGACGCACCCCAGGAAGCUCAUCCCGGAGCCAGAAAAGGGAGGCCCGCCUGGACAAGGUCCUCUCAGACAUGAAGCGACACAAGAAGCUGGAGGAGCAGAUCCUUCGCACUGGGAGAGACCUCUUCAGUCUAGACUCAGAGGACCCCAGCCCCCCCAGCCCCCCACUCCGGUCCUCGGGUAGUAACCUGUUUACCCGGCAGCGGAAAUACUGAACAAUGACUGCUGCUGCUACUGCCUGCAAGGUGCAGAGACUGUGGACCUGCCCCUGUUGGGCCUGGUCCCUCCUCCCUUCCUAAACCAGGACCCUGGAAAAUUUGGGAAGGAGCUCCCAACACAGCACCUUUCGGGAAAGAAUGUGUGUGUGUUUUCUGUUGACC